AUGUUUUACCGUCGUCAUGCCCUUUUUUUUUUUUUUUUUUUUUGGUUGCAGGAUAUAAAGCUAAUUCUUCUUAGAUUUGGCAGCAACAUUAUUUUUUCAAAUGGACUUCAAGAUUCUUACAGCGCAGGGGUCCUAAAGAACAUUUCUGAUAGUAUCAUCGCAGUUUACACAGAGAAAGGUUCCCAUUGUUUGGAUAUACUUGCAGAGAAGCAAACCGAUCCAGAUUGGUUAGUCAUGCAACGAAAAGUUGAAGUUGAAAUUAUAAAAGGAUGGAUAGCCAAAUAUUAUUCCGAUCUUCUUGCUUUCAAACAGUGAUAUGAUGACGUGUUAUUGCCAUAAUUAUGGAUGGUGAGUUGAUCUGGAAAGGCCCUUUCAACGACAGAUGAGAAUAAAAGAAUAAGGCCUAUGUACUUCACCAUAAAGUUAUCCUUGUAUUUCAUUGCUCCAUUAGAACCAGCUCUUAAUCAAGGAAAUCAAAAUGACUUCAUCCAAUAUUAUAUUUAAGCCAUGUAUGUAGUCCAUAACAAGCUUCCAGCUAA